GCCAAUUAAAAUUCAUUUAUUCUAGCUAACAUUUAAAACUCAGGUCAAAAGUGUUAAAAAGUCAAAAUCAAUGAUUUCUUAAUUGAGGAAAUUGGACAUUUUUGCAUUAUAAAAAAAAAUUAUAGAGAAUUUGCGAAGAUUGUCGUCGGCAAGAUUGUCUCAUUUGCCUGUAAUUCGAUUCCGUGAAUUCAUCAGUGUUGCUAUCACAAUCGAUAUUAAAGCACUUCACAGAUUUGAAACUUGUUUGCUUGUCGUUAAGCCAAAUGGAUUUAUUCCGAAUAACAAAUCAAUCAAAUUUUUACGGAUACCCUUCGAACAUCAUCAAAAUUCUCGUUUUUUUGGCCACUAUAGCAGCGAUGACUGCAUCCGCUGUGGCUGCUUCUGUGGUUUCCCACUUUGAAAAUGCCGAGCACACUCCGGCGGACAAUUUUUUGUCGGCUGUGGUAAUUCGUUCAGGAUCCAAACACCAUUGCAGUGGAGUAAUUUUGGAUGGACAUUGGAUCAUCACAACUGCCCAUUGUGUAGCAAAAUACACCAAAGAGGAGCUUCACGUAAGCUAUCAGAGUAAUGGCCACCAAAUUAGCAGUAACGUAGAUGCAGUCGUUUUGCAUCCAGGAUAUAAGCAAGGACGAUUGGUUAACAAUGUCGCAUUGAUCAAAGUUAAAUCGGAGAUUGACUUUAAUGCCGUCGUUCAAGCAGCCAAACUACCCACUGUUGAUACGGAAGAAGACGAAUUGGCAUAUGCAAUCGGAUGGGAGAAAGUUGAUGGACAUAGUCAACCAUCAGGUGCACUGAAGUAUUAUCAAACCAAAGUUAUGGCGUUGGAUUUGUGCUGGGAACGAUUGGAGGAUUUGGAUGCUGUUGAAGUCGAUGACAACGUGAUCUGCACAUAUGGCCCAACUGAAAACACCUCUCCUCUGUUGGACAAUGGAAGUGCUCUAGUUUCGGUCAAUAAAAGCGAAUUGGUUGGAGUUAGUUUCUGGAACGAAGAGGGCUAUUCGAAUGUAUACAGUAGAGUCCGUUCACAUCUCACAUGGAUCAACUCCGUUAGAUACCAAAAUGCUUGAGCCAUUAUUAUUAUGCGAAAAGAAUACAACUGUUUUUGAAGUAAUGAUUUUUAAUAAAAAUAAAGUUGGUAAAUAUAA